UGAGUCGGCCCCUCGACGACAGCGAAGACACUUGAAGCGGUGACGGCCUUGUUUUAAAGUUCCCGGAGGAAGAGGGAAGGGAACGGAGGCCCAGACUGAGCUCAGGGGAGGUUUAUUUACACGCUGGAAGGAGUGUUAAUAAUCCGAACAUAAGGUACCAUACGGGAAUCUGAGCUUGUGACUGCACAAGAACGUCAGAAUUACACAGAAAAUGGCGGAGCCGGACAAAUUAAACAUCGACUCUAUCAUUCAGCGGCUUUUGGAAGUCAAAGGCUCUCGUCCCGGUAAAAACGUGCAGCUGACCGAGAGCGAGAUCCGCGGCCUCUGCCUCAAAUCUCGUGAGAUUUUCCUGAGCCAGCCCAUCUUGCUGGAGCUGGAGGCCCCCCUCAAAAUCUGCGGUGAUGUCCACGGCCAGUACUACGACCUGCUGCGGCUCUUUGAGUACGGAGGCUUCCCCCCGGAGAGCAACUACCUGUUCUUGGGAGACUACGUCGACCGAGGGAAGCAGUCGCUGGAGACCAUCUGCCUACUUCUAGCCUACAAGAUCAAGUACCCAGAGAACUUCUUCCUGCUGCGUGGAAACCACGAGUGCGCGUCCAUCAAUCGAAUCUACGGCUUCUAUGACGAGUGCAAGCGAAGGUAUAACAUUAAACUGUGGAAAACCUUCACAGACUGCUUCAACUGUUUACCGGUGGCUGCUAUUGUAGAUGAGAAGAUCUUCUGCUGUCAUGGUGGCCUCUCGCCCGACCUCCAGUCCAUGGAGCAGAUCCGCCGGGUCAUGCGGCCCACAGAUGUGCCUGACCAGGGCCUGCUAUGCGACCUGCUGUGGGCCGACCCCGACAAAGACGUGCUGGGCUGGGGCGAAAACGACCGCGGUGUCUCCUUCACGUUCGGCGCUGACGUCGUGGCCAAAUUUUUACACAAACACGACAUGGACCUAAUAUGCAGGGCGCAUCAGGUGGUGGAAGACGGCUACGAGUUCUUCGCCAAGAGGCAACUGGUUACUCUCUUCUCUGCUCCCAACUACUGUGGCGAGUUUGACAACGCCGGCGCCAUGAUGAGCGUGGAUGAGACGCUCAUGUGCUCCUUCCAGAUUCUGAAGCCGGCAGACAAGAAGUUGUAUCCGUACGCAGGAGGUGCAGGAAUGGGAUCUGGAAGGCCUGUCACCCCGCCAAGAAAUUCCGCCAAGGCUGCUAAGGCUAAGAAAUAACACCCACUGGCUCCUCCCCCUCUCUCCUCCCAGCAAGGCCCUGCCCUUCCCCAAUCAGCCCACUGCUUUUCUUAAAACCUUAUUUUAUUUUUUACAUCUUACUCUCUCAUGAAAACAUGUUGUCGUGUUUGUUUUUUUUGGUCACACCGUUUUGUUUUUUUUCCCUUCCCCCUCAUCCUCUAUUUUUCCUGUCAUCGUAGAGGUAACUGGGCUGUUCUUCUUUAGGCUGGCGACAUUUUUUUUUUUAAUGCUGUGUUUUGGUGAUCGGGAGGGAGAGCAUGCUAACAUGCCGAGGGCACAUAGCACAUGGUGGGUGGAUCAGCUGAUUCACUCAAAACCUCCUUUUAAAAACAUUUAAGAGCCCAGUCAUGGAUGUGAAAUACUUUUAUUUUGUACAUAUGCGAAAUCAACAUGUUCCCUUUCUUUUAGUUGACGGAGGAUAAAUAAUAAAAGCAAGUCUAUGUUUGAACAAUGCUACCGCGCAGACCACUUUGUUUGUCAUCGCUGCUUGAUGGAGCCACAAGGGGGUGCUUGCCAUGUUGCUAAUCCCAAAUAAGACCUGAUUGAUCAGUGACGUUACCAUAAGCGGAAGGGUCAGCUUGAAGGGUCUUAUGUGUGGCGCUCUCAUAGGAAGCUGGUGAAUCAGUGCGGCAACCCUUUGAAGUCAAGAACACUUCACUGCAGUCGCUGCCAACAUGGCAGCACAAGAAAGCAGAUGCGUAGCGGAGGUUACCAUGACAACUAAGAAGUGGCAGCAAGCAUGAUUGACAAGUUGCGUUCAUCUUGCUUUUUUCGAGGGCGUGGGAAACGAGAGCCAUACUGUAACUUAUGAGCAGCUGUCAUGUAACUAAAGCAUCAACGCAAACCCAUCACGUGACUGAAUUCUCAUCCAUGCUUGCCCCGCCCCCUUCCUAAACCCCUCCCCCUGCCGUGCAUGGAGUCAAUAAGGCAAACAGGGUGUUGUUGCUCCUGAUGGAAACAUAUCUCUGCAGUAUUUCAGGGUUUCUCACUGUUCAUUUGUCCUUGUCUUCUGUAAAAAAAAAAAAAAAAAAAAAAAAAACUUCCUCCACUCGCUAAUGAGGGUUUCACCUCGCAUCAGUAACGAUCGGCUGUGUGACACGCUGCAUACGUGUUCCAUCCACUGAGAUAAACUCAGGAAGUCAAAACGUUUAUCAGGAACAAAACAAAAAUCAUACUAUUUGUGUGCAAAUCCCUGCAGGUCAUGUGACUUAGAAAGAAAAGCUUAAAACGUAUGCUGAUGAAUGUUUCCAAAGGUGCAGAGAGACAAGUCUUUACAGUCCAAGCAGGCAUUAGAGUGAUGAAAACAAUGACUUAUUUUAGUGCUUAAAUAUGACAAAAUGGUCCACUUCCGUCUCCAUCGCUGUACAAACAUCUGCUUUUGUUUUUUUUGUUUUUUACUCCACAUUGACCAUUAUUGUUAUGAAAUGAUCCUUCAUAUUGUUUUUACUGACAAAUCUUUCUCUAUAUAGUUGUAUUAUUUGUGUAGGUUUUUUUCUUUUUAAUGGAUCAGGGAUGUUUUGCACCAUGUCCUGUCACUGGAUAUGUUACUUACAACACCGUCAGAUGAUUCCAAUAUUUAAAGAAAAGAAAGUGAAACUAACAAUAAUCUUUGUAUUUUAGCUCUCAAUUUAUUGCAAUUUGUCUCUGUUGAAGCAUAGAAAUUAAAAUAUACAUAGAAUUUGUA